UUCGCCUCCAGAUUGCGAGAAUUCAAGAUGGCCGUUACAGGUUCUAGGUAAAGGGCAAAACUCCUCUGGACCCCACUGUGCAUGAAGCUCUCCUGAGGCUUUGGUGUCCAAGUACUGUGUCUUCCCUUCCCCCCCUGCCCUCCCCCAAUUCCCUCCUGCCUCUCACCAUGUCCUCCACCUCCUCCUCCUACUCCUCCUCAGGGGAGACCAGUCCAGAGGAUCCACCCCGAGGUGGAGGAACCAUCCGAGUCUACCUCCCCAACAAACAGAGGACAGUGGUGAAUGUCCGCCAAGGACAGACUGUGCAUGAGAUUCUAGAUAAAGCGCUCAAAGUGAGAGGCCUGAGCCAAGAGUGCUGUGCUGUAUUUCGCCUUCUAGGAGGUCGAAAAAGACUGACGGACUGGGACACAGACAUAACUCCUCUAGUUGGAGAGGAGCUUUUAGUUGAGGUCCUGGAUGAUAUUCCCCUGACCAUGCACAACUUUGUACGCAAAACUUUCUUCAAGCUGGCUUACUGUGAUUUUUGCCACAAGUUCCUUUUCAAUGGCUUCAGAUGUCAGACAUGUGGCUACAAGUUUCACCAACACUGCAGUAGCAAGGUCCCCACCGUGUGUGUGGACAUGGAUACUAUAAGAGAGCGUUCUGAUCCCAGUCCUUGCCCAGAUGGAUACCCACAGAUAAUACUGCCAGAAAAUUCCCCCACGCAGAGCAACCCAGCCUUAACCCCAGAGCCUUCUGGAAUGGGCCACCUGUCCCCAUCCCCGUCCUCAACCUUUCACUUCCCCAUGUCAGGCGGAGAUGGUCAGUCUCUACAGAGGCAUCGCUCCACAUCUACUCCCAAUGUUCAUAUGGUCAGCACAUUGGACCCUGCUUCUGCCAUGAUUAUAGAGGAAGCACUAAAGUUCAACAACACAAUAGGUCCUGAACCCUCACCUAAGCCCUCCACCAGCCCGCCCUCUUCUUUUGGCUCUCCAGGGAAGAAGCCACCAAAGUCCCCUUCGGAACCCAGGGAGCGCAAGCCCUCGUCCUCUGAUGACAAAAAGAAAGUGCACCGAGGAGGCAACAGAGAUUCAAGUUACUACUGGGAGGUCCACUCUCGAGAAGUCAACAUCCAGAAGAGAAUAGGUUCUGGCUCCUUUGGAACUGUCUUCAAGGGAAAGUGGCAUGGAGAUGUGGCAAUCAAGAUCCUCAAAGUCAAAGAGCCAACGCCUGAGCAGUUACAAGCCUUUAAAAAUGAAAUGCAGGUGUUGCGGAAGACCCGCCACGUCAACAUCCUGCUGUUCAUGGGCUUCAUGACUAAGCCCAACUUUGCCAUCAUCACACAAUGGUGUGAAGGCAGCAGCCUGUACCGCCAUCUGCAUGUCUUAGAGAGCAAGUUUGAUACUGUGCGUCGCAUUGAUGUGGCCAGACAGACAGCACAGGGCAUGGAUUAUCUUCAUGCAAAGAACAUAAUUCAUCGAGAUCUAAAAUCAAACAAUAUUUUUCUCCAUGAGGGCUGGACUGUUAAAAUCGGUGACUUUGGCUUGGCUACAGUGAAGGCUCGAUGGACUGGCUCUCAGCAGGUAGAACAACCCAGCGGAUCCAUUCUCUGGAUGGCUCCUGAGGUGAUCCGCAUGCAGGACACAAACCCAUACACGUUCCAGUCAGACGUAUAUGGCUACGGAGUAGUUCUGUUUGAGCUGAUGUCAGGAACCCUGCCUUACUCCAAUAUCAACAACAGAGACCAGAUAAUCUUCAUGGUUGGACGUGGUUACCUGUCUCCAGACCUCAGUAAGCUGUAUAGUACCUCACCCAAAGCAAUGAAGAGGCUGAUCGUCGACUGCCUGAAGUUUAAACGUGAUGAAAGGCCCCUUUUUCCACAGAUUCUGGUGUCCAUUGAGCAGGUGCAAGAUUUGCUGCCGAAAAUCGAGCGGAGUCGCUCCGAGCCGUCGCUCCAUCGAGCUGUCCAUGCUGAGGACCUGAACCCCCUCCUGUUCCACACCACCAGGCUCAUGCCCCUCUAAGCUCUCCACAGCACACAGCAAAGAGGCCGCCAACCUGUCAAGGACCACAGCAUUCCAGUGCCUCAAAGAGGCCACAGCUGGCUGCUCUCCACCAUUGUGGAGCUGCAGCUCUCAGCAGCAAAACUCAGUAACAGACUGUAGAAGUAACCUUAGUCUGACAGUGAAUUUUUUUUUUUUUUUUUUUUUUUUUUUUU